AUCAUCAGGCAACGUCUGCACACACGCACGAGCUCAGAGAAGUGUCUGUCGUUCAUGUCAGUCAGCCAAGCCACGACCCCUCCCUACUACUAUCCGCCCGCCGCACCCGCUGCUUGAAGCCCACCCUCACAUACGCACGCCCCAUACAGGCAGGACAUGCAGUCAGUAUGCAAAGCUACCCCAUCAUCUGUCUGUUGUGCUGGUCACCGUCGCACCCAACCAUGGCCAUCCCUCCUCCGUCUCUUCAGGCUCCCUGGCCUGGAUGUGUGUGUGUCGGGGUGUGUGUGUGUGUGUGUGUGUGCCUCUACAGUCACGGGCGGCCCCGGCGGCCGGGGGCGAGCGGAUGCGCGACACGCUGUGACACACACGCACACACAUACACGCAUCCAUCCAUCCAUCCAUCCAAAUGAACUCACCGUUCUGCGUGCGUCGUGCUGUCCUCACCAUGAUGAUGUCUUGCACGGCGUCCUCGAUUUUGUCGCGGUCGUUGGCCUUGAACUGGCGGAGAGACUUCUUGCCGUCCCCCUUGCCAAUCCACACGAUCUGCACACCACACCACACCACACCAGAUACUAGCCAAUUGACGGCUCCCUUUCCGUCUGUCUCAUUUCGAAUGCUUGUCUGUCUACCAGGCGCUCGCGGAACGUGUUGGCCUCCGAUUUGCCCAUACUCUCCGCGAGGCUGAGCUCCAAAUCCGACAUCUGUGCAGACAGAAACAUCCAUCACCCACACGCACAUACACACGCAUCCGAGCCUGGUCCAUUGCACGGACAAUGUGACGCUGUGUGUGUGUGUGUCGUGUUUUGUGUGUACCCCACACCAAGUUAGUACCUGCUCCGGGAAUGCCCACUUUUUGCGCGCCAGGCCCUCCUCCAGCCACUGGAACAUGGCCUUCCACACCGCUAAGUUGCCCCGCACCUGCACGCCCGCCCACCCAAACGACCCAACGACCCCCCUCACCCCCCCCAUCCACCACACCACCCACCACACCAUGUCGACGAGCGCCUGGGGCGGCUCUCUGGUGAUCUCGUCGCUCAGCUGGGACGUCUCCAACAUGGCCCGGCAGUCCUCUAACGUCAACUCGCCCCCACCACCACCACCACCAACGCCAACACCGCCACCGCCACCGCCACCCAGACGACCCCCACCACCUACACAAACCACACACACACAUCACACCGUCUGUGUGCCAUGGUGGCCAUCCAUCUUUUCCUCGCCGCCUACCGAUGUUGCCAAAUCGGCCCGGCGUGAUGCUAGUACGCACCUCCCUCCUCUCCGCCGCCCCGCCGUCCUCUCCGCCGCCACCUCCCUCGUCGACCUGCAUCUUGGCGUCCUCUGCCUUUGCUCGGGCGACGUACUCCUCCAUGUGCUGCUUGACGGUGAAGUUGGUGCGGAGGCGGAUGUUGCUUACGCGCAUGCGGCUGAGGGGGCUCUUGUUGCCGUUCUGCACGAUGGUCUGGUAGUCGUAGGUGUGGCCUGCAAUGAUGAACGAAGGGAUGGACAAAUGAACACAUCCAUCCAUCGGAUUCAAUCCAUCCAUCCAUUCUCCCUCAGGCAGCCUGAUCUCAUGGUCCCAUGGAUUACAUACCGUCUGGCGUGAUCACCGGCUGCUUCAUGGGCUCGUAUGUCACCCCUGGCGCGAGGCCAACAUCAGACAGAGAGAGCACUUGUAUAUAUUGGCUUCAUUGCCGUUCAUCUUGCGCACACGUACUUACCGUCGAUGCCCAUGAACCAUGCAGGCAGCUCGCCACGGUCGUUUUUGUCCUUCAGGUACUCGAUGUCUUCAUCAGACAGGGCGGCGAACGGACGGGGCGCUGCGGGAACUCCGGGGCGGGCACCACCACCCUGCCCAGGGCCGGCGGCACGAGCAUCAGCCCUCGCAAGGACGCCACCAGCCACCGCCAGCAGCUCCUCGAGCUGGCGCUGCAGCUGUUGGGCUGGACCACCGCCACCGUUGGCAGCCGCCAUCCCGCUGAAACACGGCUUCA